UGUGAUUGGUCAUUGGUCUAGACUCCAAAAGUGAAAUAAUCGUUCGAACGUGAGAUAUUUGGCUGCCAAAAAAUUCGAAUAAAAAAUUGCAAUGAAGGUGAUUUGCUUUGUGGUUCUUCUCGGAAUUUUUGCAGGAGCUUCUGCAAGUGGAAGUGCUUAUGUUCGUGCAGUUGUUGAGAGCUGCUCUGGUUGUUCACUGAAACGUCUUCCUGACGUCAAGCAAUUCAUCUUCGAAGAUCUGCCACUCUAUGAUCGAACGGAAUUCAAACACAUCCAGGGAGCAGUUCCUGAGCUCGUCCUCUACGAUAAUAACAACGAAGAAGUCGAACGUUUGCAGCUGUCGAGACUCACCAGAGAGGAAUGCAACGAUCUCCUCCAGGCGAAGGGUUUCCCUCGAAACAAACGAUCCAAAGACGAGAUCUAAAUCAACUUAAAAAUACAAAUAAUUCCUUCCAUCUUCUCACCAACAAUUCAAUUGAAAUGUUUUUAUAUUUUAUUUUAUAGACAAAUGAAAUUGCACAAUAAAGUCAUUCAAUCUCA